AUGUCACAACAUUAUGGUGUGAACCAAAUAAUUCAAAAUAGUCCAACAACUCCUGAGGGAGAAAGAAGCAGUAACUUAACCCCAUCCGAUGAUCCAAGGGUUCCACAACAAGGUAAUGAUGAUGUUGACGGUGUAGGUGAUGAUGAUGUUAUUGAAGCUCCCCACGGGAGCAACACUGUUGUCAGGGCAGAAAAAUGGGAUGCAAAAGAAGAUGAUGCGCUCGUUUCGGCUUGGGUAGAAUGUUCAGUUGAAGAUCCAGAGACGGCAACAGAUCAAAGUUUGGCCGUAAUGUGGAGGAACAUACAAUCCCUUUAUGAUCAAGCCAGAGAAGAAAAUCCAGCCACCAUGCGCCCUAGAACUUUAAGAUCUAUGAAAAGUCGGUGGGCAAGAAUAAAUAAAGAUGUGAGUACAUGGGUUGGUUGCUAUAGUGAAGCAAAAAAAAGGUAUAUGAGUGGUACCAACACUCAUGAUAAAAUGACCGAAUCUCAUGAAAUAUAUAGAGGGACGUGUAAUAAUUCACGCUUUGGUUUAAUUGGUUGUUGGGAGAUGUUGAGAGAGUUAGACAAAUGGAAGCCAAUAGACCUGGAUUUACCUUCUAGUGAUGGUGGAAAUUCGAAAAGAUCAAAACCAGAUACUCCAACUGAUGAAGGUCCAAAAACUCUUACUCGUCGCCGUCGUCCCGACGGGGUGAAAGCAUAA